AUGCUUCCUUCUUUCAUUACUCACAUCCAAAGCCCCAGUUCUCACCAUCAUAACCCUUUACCUUCUUUGCCUUUCCCUACAGAUUUUCUGGAUGAAUCUUUCCUGAUAAGCCAGGUCUUCCUACCACAGCAAGACGCAGCACAAAUUGUUGUUGAAUCUCCUAUAAAAGUUUGCAAGAAGCUUGAGAACAAUAAGAAGAAUGAGAAUUGCGUUGAAGGAACCACCUCACAAGGCGGUGGAAAGAAUGUUCCAAGGAAAAGAAUGGGAAAAAAAAGGGACAGACAUAGUAAGAUCUUCACCGCUCAAGGUCCUAGAGACCGAAGGAUGAGGCUAUCUCUUCAGAUUGCUCGCAAGUUCUUCGAUCUUCAAGAUAUGUUGGGUUUCGACAAGGCGAGUAAGACGAUCGAAUGGCUUAUCUCAAAAUCAAAGGCUUCCAUCAAACAAGUUAAAGAAAGUGUGGCUGCAUCUGGAGGAGGAGAAGACUAUGAACAUCUACAGGUUGAUGAAAAGGCAAAGGAUGAGUCUUUGAAGGUCUCAAGGGGAAGAACAAAGACGGUGGAUAACUCUGGUAGGAAGAAAGAGUCAAGAGAGAAAGCUAGAGAACGAGCAAGAGAGAGAACAAUGAAGAAGAUGAAGCUGAGAUUUUCAGGACUAAUUGACACCUCGAAUACGCUUUUAGAUCCUCAUCCAGAAACAAGAAAGAUAAAGAUAACCGGUGGUGCACAAGUAGAAGGGGAAAAUCAAGAACAAGAGUUGAGUAAUAAUGUGAACAUGGUUGAGUGUCAAAUGGAUUCUGUGAGCAUCAUAGAGAAGUUUCUUGGACUAACCAGUGAAUCUAACUCCUCUUCCAUCUUCGGAGACUCCGAGGAAUGUUACACAACUCUUAGCUCAAUAAUCGCUAGUACUUCAACAGCAGGAAUGGUGACACCAAGGGAACACAAACCAAUUCCGACAGAAGCAGUAGAUGAGGAGAGAAACCUGAUUUCAUCCUUUUCUCUAUACGAUUAUCUUUGCUACUGA